AUGGCUACCACUGGUCGCUCAAGUCGCAGCAAGACCAAGCCCGAAAAGGGUGCGAAACUCCCACAGUCACCUUCCAGCAACAGCGAGUCCGACGAGAGCCAACGUGCGAGAUCUGAGGCCAAGACUAGAAGCCAAAGCGAGACAACGAGUCAAAGGAACGAAGAGAGUGGGACAGAUGAAGAGGAACAGGAGAUGGUGGUAUCUACUCCAACUCCGUCGAAACAUGGGGGUGGGAAGGGUAGAAAAGCCGCAGAAAAAAAGGUCAAGCUAGCCAAGACUGCAGCUACUACACAGAAGUCUCGAAGUAAGGGAAAGGAAAAAGAAGUCGUGGAGAGUGUUGAAGGAUGUGAAAGUGGCGAAGAGGACGAUGAAGCGGAGGAUAAGGCUCCAGAUUCGAGCAAGAAGAAGCGUCGACGCAACGAAACAGCAGGUGCAUCAGGAGGAUCAUCGAGCCGACCACCUAAGAUUCGCAAAGCCUCCACAAAAGCGAACGACGCUACUGUUACCCCCAGUCCCUCCAAAGAUGAAACCAAGGCUGUUGUUGACGAAACAUGGAAAUCGAUUAUUACGAAAGGCAGUGGCAAUAGCAGCAAGCUCCUCAAUAAGGCAGCCGUCGCGAGACAAAUCCAAAAGACGAUACCCGGUUGGCAGCUUGGGAUAGAUAGAGAUGGCGGAGAUGAUCCAUCCAAGUGGAAAUUCUACGAUCCCGACGUUGUUCCCAAAAUUACGCAGAGCACUUUUCAUGACAGCGCUGGUAUCCACGGUCUUCCCGCAAAUGUCAUUCUCGGCGAACGUGCGGUCGUACGAGUCUUAAACUGUGGCAUUUCACUCAAUAAUAGAAACAAACUAUGGCCUGGAAACUUUAUUACUAGUGGCUGGAUGAAUUCCAAUCAUGCCCACCGCGGAAAGCCUGCCCUUUCUCCGGAUGGUAAAUACUGGGCUAUCGACCACAGAGGCGAGGAUUACGUCUUUUAUGGCAGUGACGAAGUCAAAGUUACCGACAAAAACACCACGAGACUGGAGCCUCGCAACUCAGAGCAGAUCGGGGACGGACUUGAUCCUCUGCUCCUGGAAGAUUCAGCCAAGAACGAUAUCGGCGAAUUAAAGAAAAGCACCAAUGAUGGAAAGACAGAGGUCAAACACGAGAGAGAAGGAAGCGUCGCAAGCAAGUUGUCUGGAUCCCGAUCUGGAGCAAGCAGAUUCAAGUUCUCCCGCGUAGGUGAUGUAGACAAUGCGAAAUUGUCGCCCGCAACAGCAUCAACCGCUCUCGAAGGUGUAGUACUUGAUAAGGACGAAGUUCUUGACAAAAUCGAGUUGAGAUUGAAGUCUGCAAGACGUGGUGUGAAGUUUGUGUCUGCAGUUGCUAUACGCAAUCUUCAAGAACUGAACGCUGCCCUCGUUACCACACAAUACUUGCAAAGCUUGCUCAGUACAAUUUGCAAGAAAGUUGCCGACUUUAAGUCUGCGGCAGACAACAAUGAAGACGGUCUUGACGACAUGCUGGCAGACCUCGACAAAUCAAUUCGGAGCGAGGAUGGUACUUACCUCGCCGAUGGUAUUGCCCAAUCUCUGAGCCUAAACGGUUUCUGGCUUGACCGUAAGCUUCCGGAAAUCCUUGAUGCGCAUCCGGAACUCAAGGAAGUUCUGGUCCCAGACCACUCUUCUGCCUUUAUCGAUGUCAACAGUAUAGCUCAACGUUACUUGACAAAAUUGCCUGAUAAUUUCAAGAUAGAGCAGCUCCCAACGCUUACAGAAGAGCAGCGCAUCUUCGAACUCUCACAAGAAUCUCCGCCUGAAAAGCCUGAGAAGUCCGAGAAACCCAAGUUGCCACUUCUUGAAAGAUUGAAAGGCGUUAGGAAGGAGAAUCAAAAAGGCACUGUGAAGGAGCGCAAUGAUGCUACCAGGAAAGACACUAGGGGAGCACUCAAGGACACAAGCAAAAAGGGUGACAAGAGAGAAUAGCAUCCGUGAGAAACUGUGGCUAUCAGUAUUGGACGUUGCCUCUCUCGUUACCUAACUCAACUUACUAUCUGUAUCAAAUAUAUAGUCCAUUUUGCGUCUCUUACACUCCACAGACAGUCCUUUGCAAUUUACUCUUGACUGCGCGCGGCUCAGAAUGCGGACUACCAUGGACUCGGUGGAGUGGUGGAAAUUUCACACACUCUGGCAAUUGAGUAUGUGGUUAGGUCUAUCUCUUUGAUAGCUGCGAGUACACUCUGGAACUCCCAUAUUUUCUACAUCCCAAUUUCCAAGAUUGCUGCUUUCAUAGGCGACGGACGAUGCCAAGGACAUUCUCUCGUCGCCUAUGUCUGGCUGUUCUUCAAUAGUAG